AUGACGAGCUGCACGACCAGAAUCAAGAUGCCUACCGAGGCCUGUCCCUACAGCAGCAGCGACGUAUGCCAGCACCCCAUCAAUAGUCGCUCCUUCGACAUGAUUAAAAACGAUACAAGAACCACCGGGGCUCGAGUCGCGGUCUCCAACACGAUCCUGAUCGGCAUCAGCGCCGCCAUCGGCUUCGCGACGGUGGCCGGCUCCGACGUGGCGCUCCUCUUGCUCCUCUACCUGGACCGGCCGAUUCCCAUUAGCCACCUGCUGGCCUGGGAGUUAAUGUUCAUGGGAACCUGGAUCCUCGCAACGUGGGUCAUAUACCGCUUGCUCGUCUUUGUCAAGUUCGCUCCGUUUCGGGGAGCAAAACACAACGAACGCCAUCAGUGUUGA